CAUUAAAGAUUGAUAUUCUCACCCAAUUAUUAAACUUUGUCUCCUUCCCUCUCUCUUCUCUCUUUCUCCUUCUGCUUCCUUUUCUUUCCCUGCACUCCAUCCACCGCCGCUCCUCCUCUUUAUCGAUUCAACACAACACAAGCUUUCUCUCCCUCCAUCCAUAUAUGUUAUAUUUAUAUACAGACGCAUACCACACUUCCCUUAAAAUAACCAUAAACAAAAGAGAACUCCUUCCUAUUUAUUAAUAUCCAGCUAUAUCAACACCCAAAAAAUAAACUAGUAUAUAUUCGUUUUUUUUUCUUUGAAUAAAAAUUGAACAGUACCUCUCUCUUCCUUUGAUGUGUCUAUGGCUGGUUUGGAUUUAAGCACGGCUUCACCCUUCGUCCAAAGUCUCCACAGACCAGACUUCAACCAACAACACGAUUCCGGAGAAGACGCCAAACAAUCAGCAGAAGAUGGGCCACAUCACCAGGGCGAUGUGGUGGGGCGGCGCCCGCGGGGGCGUCCGGCGGGGUCCAAGAACAAGCCGAAGCCGCCGGUCAUCAUAACGCGGGAGAGCGCCAACACGCUCCGCGCCCACAUCCUCGAAGUCGCCAACGGCUGCGACGUCUUCGAAAGCGUAGCCAGCUACGCACGCCGCCGCCAGCGCGGGAUCUGUAUUCUCAGCGGCAGCGGAACGGUUACGAAUGUGAGCCUCCGGCAGCCGGCGUCGGCGGGGGCGGUGGUCACGCUUCACGGCAGGUUCGAGAUACUGUCCCUGACGGGAUCGUUCCUUCCUCCGCCGGCGCCGCCGGGGGCGACGAGUCUCAGCAUAUACCUCGCCGGAGGACAGGGGCAGGUGGUGGGUGGGAGUGUGGUCGGAGAGUUGAUCGCUGCGGGACCGGUGAUUGUGAUGGCGGCGUCGUUCACGAACGUGGCCUAUGAAAGGUUACCGUUGGAGGAAGAAGAAGAACAGGUUGAGAUAUCUGGUGUUGCUGGUAAUAAUAGUAACCCCUUUCCUGAUCCUUCUUCGGGACUUCCUUUCUUCAAUUUGCCAAUGAAUGUUCAGUUGCCUGUGGAUGCCUGGGCGGGAAACUCAACUACACGUUCACCAUUUUGAUCCACGGAACUAGGUCUUUCAAUGCUUAAUUUCUUCAAAUGAGAUCAGCCAAUUCAUGGAGUUUACAUAAAUAUAAAUGAUCUGCUUCUUCAAUCUUUUUCUUUUCAUGUUAAGAAGGAUGUCGUUGUUUUACUUGUUCUAUUUUAAUUACUUUAGUUUUUAUUUUGAGAUUUUUCUUUAUUAUGGAGCUAUGUAUAUCAAAUGACUUUUAGUAUCUUAAUUUGUUGUUUCCUUUUUCGUAUUAGAUAUUUGAGCGAUUCAGCUCACUUGCACUAGCCUCAUGUUACGAACCACAAAUAUAUAUGUUCAACAUGAAGCAAUAACUUUCAGUUCA